AUGGCGUCUGCGCUCGCGCCAAUGCUAGAGCGCCACGUGCGCUCGCUGACACUGCCGCAGUACGCCGACGCCCCGCGGCAUCCUUAUGCGGCGACUUCGCCCGCGCACUGGGCCCCCAUGUGGGCGUGGUUUGAAGCCUUGGGCUACGAAGACCAACACGACGUGCUUUGCUUUGUGGACGCGCCGUGGAUCAGUAUGCUGCGAACCUUGCACUCGGUCGUCCUCGACCGCAAGCACGAAGAUGGUGUCUUCGUUAUCGUACCCAGUACAGCGGACGCCAGCACCAAGAAGAAACCGAGCCGAGGAAAACAGCGCGAUCUGAAGCCGACGCCGCCGCUGCUCGAGCGCUGUGCGUUUGUGACGUGGGCUUCGUUGCAGGCUUCCUCGGUUGACGAACACAAUACUGCCUCGCCCAGUGCGAACACAGCGUUCAUCUCGGCGAGCCGCCAACUCCUCGCCAGCGUCCGGCUAUGGGCCCACGAUGCGUACGCGGACGGGUGCUGGAUCAAGCGCAGCGGCUGCAUACGGAAAGGUGCCUUCCAGCACUUGCUCGAGCUCGUCUUGCAACACGGAUACCGUCGGCUGGGGCCCCGGUACCCAGAGGCAACGACCUUGUCUGCAUUUAUUGCGCUGCGCGUUCUCGAGCACUUGAUCGAAGUGUUUCGGGGCACGGUGGCGCGCGCGAUGGCGCUCUCUGCGCGUUUUGAUCGACUUCUGUGGCUUUGGGAGCACACGUCCGAGGCGGACCAGAAAGAACUGCUCACGUCACCAAUGCAAGUGCGGAUCCAGCGACUCCGCAACGCGGCCGAGCGCACCGAGAGCGAGAUGCUGCUGCACUUGGCCGGCAACCAGCUCCUCGACGAGCUCGACAACAAUGUCCUUAACGACGCGCGCUUCGUCGCCGAGUCGCUCUACACGUCGACGCUGAGUCGGUGCGGCACUGCGAUCGACUUGGUCGCGCGCGAGAUUGGCCACGAUCUGCAGGCGGCGGCGACGGCGCAUAAGUCGGCGAUCAUGCUUCGCAGCAAGGACGGUGUGCACAAGUCGACCAAGAGUCGGCGUCCGAAAAGUAAGAAAAAGCUCUUCAAGAAGCUCGUGUCGUCGCCCGCGACGAGCAGUCACAGCGCCGACGACCGCGUUGAGGACGAGGACGAAGCGACGGCGUCCGUCACGGGCGCAUGUUCCAAGCUCAACCCGUCGUCACCAACCUUUGUGGCGCUGUCACCCGAGACUGCGUCGACGUGCUCGAGUGGCGACAGUAGCUGUCAAAUGUACCAGCUGCCGGACGCCAGCGACGUCUACUUGGCGACGCCGGAGUCAUCGUCCAUGGCUGUGCUGCGAUCGGACGCGUCACUCCUCGAGACGUUUACGCUCGCGCUUCACGAUGACAUCCUCGACAUGUACGCCAUGCUCCAGGACAUUGUGAGUCGCCGUCGCCCGUGGCAGAUUUGUGUCGUGACGCACCUCAAAGACUGCGUUGCCCGGCUCUGGCCCGACGCCGAGGUUCAUGUCUUUGGCUCGUUUGCUACCGGCUUGAGCUGCCCCAAGUCGGACGUCGAUCUGCUCAUUACAGGCGUCGCGUACGACCGCAAGCGCAUCUCGAACGCGAUUCAGGUCAUUGAGCGCACGGCGAUUCCGCUUGUGAAAGUGACGACCGCCGCGGUGCCGUCGUCGUUUGGUGCUGCACAGGGUGUCAUCCGACUCGACAUUAGCUUCGACCAGCCGCAGCACCGCGGCAUCGAGACGUGCAUGUACGUCCAGCGCCUCGUGUCGGUCUUGCCCGAGCUGCCGCCGCUCAUGCUCGUGUUAAAGCAGCUGCUACUGGAGCACGACCUCAACGACAGCUAUUCGGGCGGUCUCUCGUCGUACGCACUGACGCUGCUGCUCGCGAGCGUGCUGAGUCCAUUGCAGCUCAUCGCGCCCGCGCACCGACCCAACCUCGGCGAGCUCCUCUUGCAUUUCUUGCAACUCUUUGGCCGCGACUUUGAGCCGCAGCAGUCGUUUGUCCGGAGCACCCACGGCGGACCGCUGGUCCCACUGAUCGACGGCUUUCUACACUGCGCUGGCGACGUUGUUGUCAUCGAAGACCCGCUUCGACCCGAGCACAACGUGGCCAGAGCAAGCUUUGGCUUUGGCCGCGUCCAGGAGUCGCUCCGCGACGCACUUGGGCGCAUGGAGGACCUCAUGCCGACGUUCGCGACCAUCGUGGGCCAAAGCGCUGUCGGUGGCUACGCGACGCCCCAGCACGAUCUGCAUGCGUGGGUGACGGGCCAAGAAAAGAGCAUUCUGGGUGCUGCGUUUCAAGUGCCGCAUCACGUGCACUUGGUGCAGCAAUUGCGACACCUCUGGAGUCCCCUCGACGAGAAUGACGACGACGAUGAAACGGAGCUGGAAGACAACAGCGAUCCAUGCAACAACAACGAUCAUCUCGACGCGUGGGCGGCCGACGCGGCCAGCCUCCUCGAUGCGUUGGCAACGAGCGUUUGCGUCGCAUGCCACGGCCAGCACGGCGCGCACCGUCACGAGUGCCCCAUCGCACUGCUCCUCACGCGCUACGAGCACCUCGUGCGAUAG